GUCUUCCUGAAGCUUUAUAGACAGUUUGUGUUUGAACGCUGACUGUCACUUUUCCUACGUCUUCGGAAAAACUCUGGACACAGCUUUGAAAGAUGCAGUAUGACUACAGUAAAAACAAGGAAGAACACCCGGAGCCUAUCAAAACUGAAGUGAAAGGCUUGAUUCCUGAAUGGCUGCAGGGCACACUUAUACGCAAUGGACCCGGCCUCUUCUCUGUGGGAGAGACGAGGUACAACCAUUGGUUUGACGGAAUGGCGCUUUUGCACAGUUUCACAAUUAAAAAAGGAGAGGUGACGUAUAGAAGCAAAUAUCUUCGAGGUGAUACCUAUAACUCCAACAUGCAGUCCAACAGAAUAGUGGUGUCAGAGAUGGGGACGAUGGCGUACCCAGACCCAUGCAAAAAUAUAUUCUCCAAAGUGAUCACCUUUCUCAGCCACACCAUCCCGGACUUCACUGACAACUGUGCCAAUAAUAUAAUCAAAUAUGGAAACCACUACCAUGCCACGUCGGAAACCAAUUAUAUUCGGAAAAUUGACCCCGUCACUUUAGAGACGGAAGAAAAGGUGGACUACCUGAAAUACCUUCCUGCAAGCAUCGUGGCAUCACAUACGCAUUAUGAUAAAGAGGGAAACAGCUAUAGUAUGGCAACGUGCAUCGCAGAGAAGGGCAAAACCAAAUACAUGUUGUUCAAGGUUCCAGGAGGGAGUAGGCCAGAUGGGUCUCCACCGUUAAAAAGCGCUGAGGUGGUGUGCACCGUGCCCUGCCGUUCCCUCCUCACGCCCAGUUAUUACCACAGCUUCGGCAUGACCGACAACUACUUCAUCUUCAUCGAGCAGCCCUUAAAGCUGGACAUCCUCAAGAUGGCCACAGCCUAUCUGAGGAGGGUCAGCUGGGCCAGCUGCAUGAAAUUCCACCCUGAAGACAGCACCCUGAUUCAUCUCAUUGACCGAAACACAAAGAAGGAAGUGGGGCUCAAAUUCUACACCGGCGCGAUGACGGUCUACCAUCAAGUCAAUGCUUUCGAAGACGAUGGCCAUGUUGUUUUUGAUGUGAUCUGCUAUGAUGACAACAGCUUGUAUGAGAUGUUUUACCUGGACAAGCUGAAGGAGCAGGCGGGAGCGGAUGCGGUGUACUGCAAGCCAAAGUGCAAAAGAUUUGUGUUUCCCCUUAGCGACGUGGGUGAGACGGGUGAAGAUCUGGUCAAGCUUAAAUACACAACGGCAAGUGCUGUGAAGGAGAAAGAUGGAAAACUUCUGUGUCAGGGCGAGGUUCUCUGUGAUGGUGUGGAACUUCCGAGAAUUAAUUACAAUUUCAAUGGAAAGAAGUACAGAUAUUCUUACAUGUGUUGCGUGGACCUAUCCCCGGUGGCCAAAAAGAUUGUGAAGUUUGAUGCCGAGACGAAGCAGCAGAUUGAGUGGACUGGAGAGGACGGUUUUGCCUCGGAGCCUGUUUUUAUUCCCAGGCCUGAUGCGGUUGAUGAAGACGAUGGCAUAGUCCUCACAACUAUCAUAAACGCCAAACCAGCGCAGGGUGGCUUUCUGCUGGUGCUUGAUGCUAAAUCUUUCAAAGAGAUCGCCCGGGCAUGCAUAGAUGUAGAUUUUCACAUGGAUAUGCACGGCUACUUCAUACCGGACAGCAGUUAAGAGUUUGAUGCCUGCCGCCUGUGUAACAGAGAAUCUGGUUACAAAGUUGUCAAAGACGUUUUAUGACUGACUGUACACAGCUGUUUGCCGAAAAAGAAACCCCUAACCCAUGAAAAUGUUUCUUGCUUGGAAAUAAAAUACGUACAUGUAUAAAUUGUAACUGUUUGAUAUCACUAAAUGCAAUUAAUGACCUUUCAACAGAA